AUGUUUGCACGCUUCACUACUGUAGCUGGUGAACGUGGUGCAGCAGAUGCAGAACGUGAUAUUCGUGGUUUUGCACUCAAGUUCUAUACCGAAGAAGGUAACUGGGAUCUCGUUGGAAACAACACUCCCGUCUUUUUCAUGCGUGAUCCACGUAAAUUCCCAGAUUUAAAUAAAGCCGUAAAACGCGACCCUAAAACCAAUCUACGUAGUGCAACCAACAACUGGGAUUUUUGGACGUUAUUACCUGAAGCUUUGCAUCAGGUGACGAUUGUGAUGUCUGAUCGUGUUUGGCCUCAUGCAGAUUAUCCACUGAUUGAUGUGGGUGAGUUUGAGCUGAAUAAAAAUCCUGAAAACUUCUUCCUUGAUGUAGAGCAAUCGGCUUUCGCACCAAGUAACUUAGUUCCAGGUAUCAGUGUUUCACCUGACCGUAUGUUGCAAGCGCGAUUAUUUAACUAUGCCGAUGCUCAACGCUACCGUUUGGGUGUGAAUUAUCAACAAAUUCCUGUCAAUGCUGCACGUUGCCCUGUUCAUUCUAAUCACCGUGAUGGUCAAGGCCGUGUCGAUGCAAACUAUGGCGGUUUACCACACUAUGAACCGAAUAGUUUUAGCCAAUGGCAGGAACAAGCUCAGUUUAAAGAACCACCAUUAAAAAUCAGUGGUGAUGCAGAUUAUUGGGAUUUCCGCCAAGAUGAUUCGGAUUAUUUCAGCCAACCACGCGCUUUAUUCAAUUUAAUGAAUGAUACGCAAAAACAAGCACUGUUUGAUAAUACGGCGGGUGCGAUGGGUGAUGCACUUGAUUUUAUUAAGUAUCGUCAUAUCCGUAACUGUUAUGCAUGUGACCCAGCCUAUGGUGAAGGCGUGGCAAAAGCCUUGGGCUUAACUGUUGCAGAUGCACAAGCUGCACGCGAUAGCGAUCCUGGCAAAGGUCAUCCUGGUUUUCAAUAA